ACCAUGGGGGAUGUGAAGCUGGCUGCCUCAUCACAUGUUUCCCAAACCUCCCUCAGUGCGGAUCCCUCAAGAGUUGGCUCCAUGCCCCUGACUGAGGCCCCUGCGUUCCUUCUGCCCCCGAGGAACCUCUGCGUCAAAGAAGGAGCCACUGCCAAGUUUGAAGGGAGGGUCCGGGGUUACCCAGAGCCCCAAGUGACAUGGCACAGAAAUGGACAGCCCAUCACCAGCGGGGGCCGCUUCCUGCUGGAUUGUGGUAUGCGGGGGACUUUCAGCCUUGUGAUCAAUGCUGUCUGUGAGGAGGACAAGGGAAAGUAUACCUGUGAAGCCAGCAAUGGCAGUGGUGCCCGCCAGGUGACAGUGGAGUUGACAGUAGAAGGGAGUUUUGUGAAGAAGCCUGGUCAACCUUCCAAAACCUUGGGGGACAGAUUUCCAGCACCGGCAGCAGAGACCCGUCCCAGCAUCUGGGGAGAGUGCCCACCGAAGUUUGCUACCAAGCUGGGCCGGGCAGUGGUCAGAGAAGGACAGAUGGGACGAUUUUCCUGCAAAAUCACUGGCCGUCCCCAGCCACAGGUCACCUGGCUCAAGGGAAGUGUCCCACUGCAGCCGAGUGCCCGCAUGUCUAUGUCUGAGAAGAAUGGGGUGCAAGUUCUGGAAAUCCACGAGGUCAGCCAGGAUGAUGUGGGCGUGUACACGUGCAUGGUGGUGAACGGGUCAGGGAAGGCCUCCAUGUCGGCUGAGCUGUCCAUCCAAGGUUUGGACAAUGUCAAUAGACCAUCUGUGAGAGGAACAAAGGCCACCACCAGUUCAGACCUCAGAAGGGAGGUGACAAAUGGGAUUGCAAAGGGGCCCAAACUGGACAGCCUGGAGACAGCAGCAGAAAGUAAGAACUGUCCAAGCCCCCAGAGAGGUGGACCCCCAUCCUGGGCCACAAACAGCCAGGCACCGCCCCAGAGGGAGUCCCAGCCGGAGCCAAGCAGAGACUCACUCAGAAAGGGCUCUCAGAACCCCGUCCUUCAAAAGACUUCCAGCACCAUCACCCUGCAGGCCAUGAAAGCCCAGCUGGAACCAAAAGCAUCAGUCUCGGGGGCCCUCUCAUCUUCUGAAGAAGAGAGAAAGAGGCCAUCUGCUCCCCAUCCAGUUACCCUUCCCACCAGGCUGUCUGGCGUGGGAAGCCAGGACACUGUGAGCAAGGCUGCUACCAGGAAGAUACCCUUGGACAGCCGGAGGGACUUGACAUUUCCUGAAUUUGAGAGCAAGCCCCAAAGCCAGAAAGUCAGUGAGGAUCAUGCAGUCAAGUUCAGAUGUCAGGUUUCAGGGAUCCCAAAGCCUGAAGUGGUGUGGUUCCUGGAAGGUACCCCCUUGAGGAGACAAGAAGACACCAUUGAGGUUUAUGAAGAGGCCGGAUCCCAUUACCUCUGCCUGCUACGACCCCGGGCAAGGGACAGCGGGAAAUACAGCUGCACGGCUUCCAACAUCCGCGGCCAGGUGUCCUGCAGCUGGACCCUCCUGGUGGAGAGGCGGGCCCUGACGGAGGCGGCCCCCUCAUUCUCCAGUUUCCUGAAAGACUGCACCGUCAUUGAGGGUCAGGAUUUUGUGCUGCAGUGCUCCGUGCAGGGGACCCCAGUGCCCCGAAUCACUUGGCUGCUCAAUGGGCAGCCCAUCCAGUACGCCCACUCCACCUGCGAGGCUGGGGUGGCCAAGCUUCACAUCCAGGACGCCCUGCCUGAGGACCAUGGCACCUACACCUGUCUGGCUGAGAAUGCUGUGGGGCAGGUGUCCUGCAGCGCCCGGGUCACCGUCCACGAAAAGAAGAGUAACAGGAAGAGCGAGCCCCCUCAACCUUUGACUCCCAGCAAGCUGGUUGCACCCACCUUCCUGCAGGGCCUCUCCGAUCUUCAAGUCAUGGAUGGAAGCCAGGUCACCAUGACAGUCCAGGUGUCAGGGAAUCCUCCCCCUGAGGUGAUCUGGCUUCACAAUGGGAAUGAGAUCCAGGAGUCGGAGGACUUCCACUUUGAACAGAGAGGCGCUCGGCACAGCCUUUGUAUCCAGGAGGUGUUCCCAGAGGACACGGGAACAUACACCUGUGAAGCCUGGAACAGCGCUGGAGAGGUCCGCACCCAGGCCCAGCUCAUGGUGCAAGAACCUCAUGACGGCACACAGCCCUGGUUCAUCAGCAAGCCUCGCUCAGUGACAGCCUCCCUGGGCCAGAGUGUCCUCAUCUCCUGUGCCAUAGCUGGUGACCCCUUCCCCACCGUGCACUGGCUCCGAGAUGGCAAAUCUCUCUCCAAAGAUGCUGGCCACUUCGAGGUGCUACAGAAUGAGGAUGUGUUCACCCUGGUUCUAAAGAAUGUGCAGCCCUGGCACGCCGGCCAGUAUGAAAUCCUGCUCAAGAACCGGGUUGGUGAAUGCAGUUGCCAGGUGUCACUGAUGCUCCAGGACAGCCCUGCCAGAGCCCUCCCAAGGGGGAGGGAGCCUGCCAGCUGUGAGGGCCUCUGUGGUGGAGGAGUUGGUGCCGAUGGUGGAGGUGGUGACCGCUAUGGGACCCUGAGGCCCUGCUGGCCAGCAAGAGGGCAGGGUUGGCCAGAGGAGGAAGACGGCGAGGACGUGCGGGGGGUGCUGAAGAGGCGUGUGGAGACCAGGCAGCACACAGAGGAGGCGAUUCGCCAGCAGGAGGUGGAGCAGCUGGACUUCCGUGACCUCCUGGGGAAGAAGGUGAGCACCAAGACCGUGUCAGAAGAAGACCUGAAGGAGAUCCCAGCUGAGCAGAUGGAUUUCCGUGCCAACCUACAGCGGCAAGUGAAGCCAAAGACUGUGUCUGAGGAAGAGAGGAAGGUACAUAGCCCCCAGCAGGUCGAUUUCCGUUCUGUGCUGGCCAAGAAGGGGACUCCCAAGACCCCAGUGCCUGAAAAGGUACCACCUCCGAAACCUGCCACACCAGAUUUUCGCUCAGUGCUGGGUAGCAAGAAGAAGUUACCAGCAGAGAAUGGUAGCAGCGGUGCUGAGGCCUUAAAUGCCAAGGCAGCAGAAAGUCCCAAGCCUGUGGCCAAUGCCCAACCUUCAGGGUCCUUGAAACCCAUGGGCAACACCAAACCUGCUGAGACCCUGAAACCUGUGGUCAAUGCCAAGCUUGCUGAGACACCCAAGCCUGUGGCCAACGCCAAGCCUGCUGAGACCCUGAAAUCUGUGAGCAAUGCCAAGCCUUCUGAGGCCCUGAAGCCCAUGGCCAAUGCCAAGCCUGCUGAGACCCUGAAGCCUGUGGCCAAUGCCAAGCCUGCUGAGACCCUGAAGCCUGUGGCCAAUGCCAAGCUUGCUGAGACCCCAAAAUCUAUGGGCAGUGCCAAGCCUGAUGAGGCCCUGAAACCAGCUGGGAAAGAAGAACUCAAGAAGGAGGUUAAGAAUGAUGUGAACUGCAAGAAAGGGCUUGCAGGAGGCACGGAUGGAGAGAAAAGACCAGAGAGCCAAGGUACAGCCCCAACCUUCAAGGAGAAGCUACAUGAUGUGCAUGUGGCAGAGGGUGAGAAGCUGCUACUCCAGUGCCAGGUGUCCUCUGACCCCCCGGCCACCAUCACCUGGACGCUGAAUGGAAAGACACUCAAGACCACCAAGUUCAUCAUCCUCUCCCAAGAAGGCUCCCUCUGCUCUGUCUCCAUCGAGAAGGCGCUGCCUGAGGACAGAGGCCUGUAUAAGUGCGUAGCCAAGAACAGCGCCGGUCAGGCUGAGUGCUCCUGCCAGGUCACCGUGGACGAUGCUCCAGCCAGUGCAGAUGCCAAGGCCCCGGAGAUGAAAUCCCGGAGGCCCAAGAGCUCGCUUCCUCCAGUGCUGGGAACAGAGAGUGAUGCAACUGUGAAAAAGAAACCUACCCCCAAGACACCUCCGAAGGCAGCCAUGCCCCCUCAGAUCAUCCAGUUUCCUGAAGACCAGAAGGUGCGCGCAGGCGAGUCGGUGGAGCUGUUUGGUAAAGUGGCAGGCACCCAGCCCAUCACCUGUACCUGGAUGAAGUUCCGAAAGCAGAUCCAGGACAGCGAGCACAUCAAGGUGGAGAACAGCGAGAACGGCAGCAAGCUCACCAUUCUGGCUGCACGCCAGGAACACUGCGGCUGCUACACGCUGCUGGUGGAGAACAAGCUGGGCAGCAGGCAGGCCCAGGUCAACCUCACCGUCGUGGAUAAACCAGACCCCCCUGCUGGCACGCCUUGUGCCUCUGACAUCCGGAGCUCCUCGCUGACCCUGUCCUGGUACGGCUCCUCAUAUGAUGGGGGCAGUGCCGUGCAGUCCUACAGUGUUGAGAUCUGGGACUCGGUGGACACGAUGUGGAAGGAACUAGCCACAUGCCGCAGCACCUCUUUUCACGUCCAGAACCUGCUUCCUGACCGCGAGUAUAAAUUCCGAGUCCGCGCAGUCAAUGUGUAUGGAACCAGUGAGCCGAGCCAGGAGUCUGAACUCACCGCGGUGGGAGAGAAACCUGAGGAGCCGAAGGAUGAAGUGGAGGUGUCGGAUGAUGAUGAGAAGGAGCCUGAGGUUGAUUACCGGACGGUGACAGUCAAUACUGAGGAAAAAGUAUCUGACUUCUACGACAUUGAAGAGAGACUAGGAUCUGGGAAAUUUGGACAGGUCUUUCGACUUGUAGAAAAGAAAACUGGAAAAAUCUGGGCAGGGAAAUUCUUCAAGGCAUAUUCAGCAAAAGAAAAAGAGAAUAUCCGGCAGGAGAUCAGCAUUAUGAAUUGCCUCCACCACCCUAAGCUGGUCCAGUGUGUGGAUGCCUUCGAAGAAAAGGCCAACAUCGUCAUGGUCCUGGAGAUCGUGUCGGGGGGCGAGCUGUUCGAGCGCAUCAUUGACGAGGACUUCGAGCUGACGGAGCGCGAGUGCAUCAAGUACAUGCGGCAGAUCUCGGAGGGCGUGGAGUACAUCCACAAGCAGGGCAUCGUGCACCUGGACCUCAAGCCCGAGAACAUCAUGUGCGUCAACAAGACGGGCACCAGGAUCAAGCUCAUCGACUUCGGUCUGGCCCGAAGGCUGGAGAAUGCAGGCUCUCUGAAGGUCCUCUUUGGCACCCCGGAGUUCGUGGCUCCUGAAGUGAUCAACUAUGAGCCCAUCGGCUACGCCACGGACAUGUGGAGCAUCGGAGUCAUCUGCUAUAUCCUGGUCAGUGGACUUUCCCCCUUCAUGGGUGACAACGAUAAUGAAACCUUAGCCAACGUUACCUCAGCCACCUGGGACUUCGAUGAUGAAGCGUUCGAUGAGAUCUCCGAUGAUGCCAAAGAUUUUAUCAGCAAUUUGCUGAAGAAAGACAUGAAAAACCGCCUAGACUGCACCCAGUGCCUUCAGCAUCCAUGGCUAAUGAAAGAUACCAAGAACAUGGAGGCCAAGAAGCUCUCCAAGGACCGGAUGAAGAAGUACAUGGCCAGAAGGAAAUGGCAGAAAACAGGCAAUGCUGUGAGAGCCAUUGGAAGACUGUCCUCUAUGGCAAUGAUCUCAGGGCUCAGUGGCAGGAAAUCCUCAACAGGGUCACCAACCAGCCCGCUCAAUGCAGAAAAACUAGAAUCGGAAGAAGAUGUCUCCCAAGCUUUCCUCGAGGCUGUGGCUGAGGAAAAGCCUCACGUAAAGCCCUACUUCUCUAAGACCAUUCGUGAUUUAGAAGUUGUGGAGGGGAGUGCUGCUAGAUUUGACUGCAAGAUUGAAGGAUACCCAGACCCCGAGGUGGUCUGGUUCAAAGACGACCAGUCCAUCAGGGAAUCCCGCCACUUCCAGAUAGACUACGAUGAGGAUGGGAACUGCUCUUUAAUUAUCAGCGAUGUUUGCGGGGAUGACGAUGCCAAGUACACGUGCAAGGCUGUCAACAGUCUGGGAGAAGCCACCUGCACCGCAGAGCUCAUUGUGGAAACCAUGGAGGAAGGGGAAGGGGAAGGGGAAGAGGAAGAAGAGGAAGAGUGAAGCACAGCCAGAAAGAAACAGUGUCCAAGUUGUAUUUAAAGGACUAUUUCUCUAAAGCUCCAAAACUCAAGAUAGUAAAAGCACCUAGCGUAAUAGGUUAUGUAGUAGGCCAUUUGGGGGUUGGUUCUUCAGCUGUAGCAGUUGAUACCUACCAGCAUUAUUGAUGGGCAUUAAUUUGAACGAGCUGGCACUUAAGAUACCAGUGUAGUUCAUUCGAGGAAAUCCAACUUGCCUGACCAAUUGAUAUUACAAAGAAAGUAACCAAAAGAAAUGUUAAUCUAAGCAAAGUCACAAACUCCCCCACUGAAUGCACUCGUGAAAAACUAGGCCAAAACAAGUGCUCUAGGCCCUGCAGUCACAGCUCAGCCCAGAGGGUCCCUGGAGGUGCACAGCCUCUCACUCUGAGCCCCUGAUUCCAGAGAACUGGGUUCCCUCCAGAACUCCAGCACUUCAUCCUGAAAGCAGUUGAGCCAUUCUGCCUUAUAAGGCCUACGUUACCCCCAAGUCUACUGCAGGGGUUUGCGCUUGCCUUCCCCUCCCCCAUUCUACUUGCUAGUCUUUUUGGAUCUGAACCUGUCAUGAGUUCGAUUAUAAAAACAGGCCCCCUGCUCGUGGAUGACUGGCUUCUCCAGGAAAAGAAAAUCUCCUUUCUUCCAAAAUCAGUAGGAAAUGUUUAAUUAUCCCCUGUCUGCAAAUGUCUAGAAGCUUCAGACAUUUGGGUAAGAAUCCAUGGGGGUAAAAAAAAAAAUCCUUGCUAAUGUGCUUUUCUUCUUAAACCAGGAUUUAUAUUUGUGCUAUUAUAGAAUAUCAGUUCUGCAUGUGUGGUAGAUUUUUGUGUUUCAAUGUAGGAAAAACCAGUUUGCUGAAAGGUUAGUCUUAAUUAUUUAUUGGCCACUAUGAAACAGAUUUCUGCUGAUGAAGAGCUACAGAACUCCAUGUACUCUGGAAUCUCCUUCAAGGCAGUCUGAGUUUGAUACAUCUUCAUUCUCAAUACUCUUCAAAGAACUUGACCGACCUUAUGGGUUCCACAGUGUUUUUCUUCUCGAAUGUGCAUCAGUCAUGCCUUGCCCUCAACCCUGAAAUAUAUUCUUAGACCUGAUAAAUGCACUCAGACUUGCAUCUUUAGGAUUUUUUUAACUUUCUUUCACUACAUUGGCACUUAAAUUUUUUUCUUUAUAAAACUUUUUGAAGGUCAUAACCAAAGACCAUAAACUGAUAUAUCUAAUACCUUUCUUCUCUCCCUCUCUCUCUCUCUCUCUGUGUGUGUGUGUGUGCAUAUAACAUUCCAAAUGCUUUCUUUUUCUUUUCCACUGUUUGUAAAGUGCAGCAAUUUAAUAUUUCAAGGGACUUUUUAGCAGUUCCUUAAGAACCAAUUUUAAAUUACUUCAGUGCAAUCCUACACGGUAUCAACAUUAGAAUUUUGAUAUUAGUCUUACGUUAUCUUCCUUUCUAUUUUGAUCUGCUUUUUGCUGCUAGUUUCAAAUUGCCAGUACUUUUCCUUUUUGCUUUUUAAACAGUUACAAUAUUUUUCAUAAUAGCCACAGUAUUGCCACAAUUUAUUAUAAUAAAGGGUUUUUAAUUUGAUUUAGAGCAUUCAAAGCUUUUUUAUCACUUUUAAAUGAAUUUAAAAUAUAAUCUUUGUGUGCAUGUCUGUUGUGUGUGUGUGUGUGUGCAUGUGUGCUGUAUUUGUGUUACAAGUGAAUACCUUCCUGAAAUUGUGUUAUUGUUCUCUGCGUUUAUUAUGCCAUCAGAAUGGUCAACGAGAACACUACGACUGUAGUUAGCUCACAGUUUUUAAAUAAAGGAUACCACAGUGCA